CGCGCGGUGCGUAAAGCGCUUCACUCCCGUGUCCAGAGCGCACGGACGGAGGCACCGGCGGCGGAGCGACCGGAGACCGAGCAGAAGAAGAGGAGAUCGCUCGCGUUUCUGUCCUCAUUCCCGCUCCUGUGGACGGUUGGUGUUUGUUAAAGCUUCAGACAUUCUCGGUUCCUCGGGGCGCUUCAUGGCCGAAUUCACCGGCGGGUUCCGUUAAUCCAAAGUGACGUGGAUGCGAGCGCCACUCUGAAGCGGAACUGUGCGGUUGGUUUUCUACAAAACGGGAAACAAACAUGAGACCUGGCAUCCCGCGCAGAUUCUUCUAAACAGAGAGAGAGAGAGAGAGAGAGGGGGGCGCGAGGAGAGGAGGUUCUGGUGGGACGGACGCGCGAGGAUCCAGACGAGGAUGUGGAUUUAAACUCGCAACCGUGCAGCCACCGUCAGACUACAGCCUCGAGCUUGAAUUCCACAUCUUUUUAAUGGCAACCGGGAGUCGCGCGAGCGUCUCCGUCCGGGGGUCCGGAGGAUCGAACCGGGGUCUGUGAGCGCCGCCGGGACCCGGAGACACGCGGAGAGGCUAUGUGUGCGUGUUAGUGUGUCUGUAAAAAUGCUGCUGCUGGACAAACACGCGUGAUCGAACAUGGAGGCUGUCAGCGCAGUCAACGGGACGCAGGACGAGCUUCGCUUCCUGCCCCCGCCUGACGAUGACCUCGGCAACCUCGGCUACCACGACUACAACCCAAAUGCCGGCGCUAACCCACCGGCCUUGCCCACGGUGUUUGAGGGAGUGAAUUUUCCAGAAGACCCCAUCAAACUGCUGAGUGUACAGGUGGUGUUGAUCUUGGCCUACAGCACCAUCAUCGUGCUGGGGGUUCUGGGUAAUUCUCUGGUCAUCUACGUCAUCUACCGCUUCAAGACGCUCCGCACCGUCACCAACUUCUUCAUCGCCAACCUGGCUGUCGCCGACCUGCUGGUGAACACACUGUGCCUCCCCUUCACCCUCGUCUACACUCUGCAGGGAGAGUGGAAGUUCGGCAGCACCCUCUGCUUCCUGCUGCCCUACGCCCAGGGGCUCGCCGUGCACGUCUCCACAGUUACGCUCAACGUCAUCGCCCUGGACCGCCACAGGUGUAUCGUGUAUCACCUGGAGACCAGGAUGCGUAAGGACGUGUGUUUCGGGGUGAUAGCAUUGACCUGGGUGCUGAGCGCCGUGCUCGCCAGCCCUCUGGCCAUCUUCAGAGAAUACGGCUCCUUCACGCUGGAGCCUGGUAACACCAUACAGGUGUGCACUGAGAAGUGGCCCGGUAAAAACACAGAUGGCACCGUCUACAGCAUCUCCAUGUUGAUCCUGCAGUACUUCCUGCCGUUGUCCAUUAUCUCCUUCGCCUAUGCCCGUAUCUGGUCCAAACUGCGCGGCCACGUCAGCCCAGCAGAGAACGUCUGCAACAGCAGUGCCGGCUCCGAGCGCCAUCGCCGACGCCGCAAAACCACCAAGAUGCUGGUGACUAUGGUGGUGGUGUUCGCUGUCAGCUGGCUGCCCUUCCAUGCCUUCCAGCUGGCCACGGACAUCGACAGCUCGGUACUGGACAUGCGCGACUAUCGUCUGCUCUACACCGUCUUCCACGUUGUCGCCAUGUGCUCCACCUUCGCCAACCCGCUGCUGUACGGCUGGAUGAACCGCAACUACCGCGCCGCCUUCCUCGCCGUCUUCAAGUGUGGGAGGGGAGGGGAGAGGGGGAGAAGCGGCCGGCUGGACAGCAUUCACCCCGUUGGAGGAGGGGGAGGAGGAGGAGGAGGAGGGAGGGCGAAGAAGAUAGUGCUUGAAACCCAGGACGUGGUGUCUACCCACUUGAACGCCACAGACGUGUGAAGGCCUGAGGGAGGUGGGAAAUGAAGAGGGUGAUGGAGAAGGGGGAGAGAUGACAAGAAAAUGAUGAGGCGGGAAGGAAAAGAAAAUUGUCAGGAAAUCUUUUGUUCCUCAGAAAACAAUAGAGAAGAAAACGAGAUUCCACAUGGAGACAGAAACAGAGGGGAGAUAAAGAUGUGAGAGAAAAUAGAAACGUCAGAGUGAGAGGAAAGCGACUGGGGGGAUUAAAGAGUUUUUGGAAACCAAAAUAGAGGAGGAGGAGGAGGCGUAGACAGGCAGGGAUUAGAAGAAUGACGGGACAGAAGAAUGACUCAAGGCCUCCUCGACCAAACGAGGCACCGCCACUUUGGGGACGUGACCUCAUCGUGAUGGAGGAACCUGGCAAUCCGAGAGGAGGGGGGGUGUUCAAGCGAAAUUCAACUUACGACGGAUUUGUAACACCGACAAAAGUUUGAUCCGGAAAGACAACAAGAGCAGAUAUAAAGAACUGAAGCUUCGGUUGACGAAAUUUUGAGGGGAUUGUUGAAAGAUUCUACAAACUUUUAAUGCAAUUCUUGUCAAAAUAGGGCUUUACUCCAUCUUCAUUCCACACGUGAAGCAUUUAGCUCGUACAUUUAACCCAGAGUGGCUUACAAACGGGGGCACAAGGACGCUUAUCAGGUUUGCAGGCGACGUUUCGGCAACCGCUUCCUUUGUAACCGUGAGGGAUGUGAACGAAAAGUCCGAAACUGAGGCUGCCGGUAACCAUCUAAAAAGAUUUUGUUUAAAAAAAAAAAAAAAAAAAAACCCCGUAUUCUUGAGUUCAGACGGAGCCGAGGACGACGAGGAUGCAUGAUGCAAGCUUUGUGAAAUCUCAGACAUUGUUACGUAAUUACAUUGUGUGUUUUUAAUGUGGAUUAUCCUACAAAGAAAGCCGGAUGUAGAGGAGGUGGUCAAAUUGAAGAUAAGACAAAGAAGGGAAAGGGGUGGGGGGGGAGAUCAAAUUACAAAUGAUUUAAAUCAAAAUGGCUUUGUUUUUCCUUUUUAAAAUGGAUGAAGGACAAAGAGCAGAGAAUGGGAGACGGGGCAGAUGGGGGAAAAAGCAAUGACGAUGAGAGGAUCAGUGGGAAGAGGGGAAGAAGUGAAAUGUGGGAUAAUGAGGCGAAAGAAAAAAGUCCCAGCAAGAGGGCGAUUUCAAAAGAACAAGCUGCAAUUUGGUGUGAAACAGCGGAGAAAAGAUCCGUUCUUACAAGCGCACAGAUGAAUGUUUGUCGCGUUUUUUUGCGGUUGAGAUUUUGCACCUGUUCGAAAAACGUCUCUCAGAUCAGUUUGUGAAAGCCACACAGGUCCUGAUAUUUUUAAUACUGCUUUUAAUACUACUCAUUUCAAACGUCAUUACUGAUGUUAAUCAGCACUGCAUAAUAAGAUAUGGGGAAAAAAAUAUGAUUAAAAUAUGAUUGUUCACUUUGAAAAAAUGCUAAUUUCGAACACACCAUUUUAAUGAAGUGUUAACAUUCAUACAGCUGUUCGUGUCCACACCUGGACAUCAAGGGACCUUUUUGGCCCUGAACUGAGCCUCUCAAGCAGCUCUUACUUGCUCAUUAUACAGAAAAAAAAACCGCCUGCAGAUGCAAAACAGGAUCAAUGUAUUUGCCAUGACCACCAUGACUUACAACUAAUUCUGGAGACUCUAACUCUAACUCUAACUAAUAAAGUACUCCAGUAAUUUAGCAUUAUACUCCUGUUACAUCGUCAGACUCGUGAUAUAAAGUUCUAAAAAGCACAGCUGACACUUUGGUCAUACAUUGGGGGGUUUUAUGCUGGUAAUGGCUAAUGUAGCCUGGAGCCUGUUGUCUGCCGCAGACUUAUACCCUCUAUAAAUGGUGCCUUUAUUGGCCUUUUCCGCUAAAGGAACUGAUCGACCCAUAACUUGUCCAGGUUCUGCUUUUGUUUCCACUAUUAUCCCCCCACUCUGGGAGCAAGUCCCUGAACUUACACUUCAGCACCGGUACUAAAUCCAUGUUCUAGGUACUCUUGGGGCAGUGCCUGAAUUGGACCAAAAUAAGAUGCCAGUACGCUAUUUCAGCACAAUCCUAAUCCCCCAGAUAAGAUAACCCUAACCUUAAUUCUUCUGCCAUUUUGAGCCUUUUUAACAAGGACAGUGAAAGUGCUUCUUAGCGUGCGUUUCUUAGCAGCGGGGAAGCGCUGUAAGUAUCAGUAUCAGUACCAACGAUACCGACUGGUAUCGGAUUGGUAUCGGAUCGAUACCAAAUCCUGCUGUAUCGCCCACCACUAUUCACAACCUUUGUUGAAUACUCCUAGGAAAAAUCCAGACCUUCGUGACCUCAGUAGUGGGUACAGACAUCCUACCUAGAGGUCAUGGUACUCAGUAAGAUACUCAUGUGGACACAAAAUCAGAAAGGCCAGAAUGAAGGAACCUUGUACAUCUUUGAAAAGUAGUUCCUGGAACUAAAAGUGGCUAUAGUCAGGCUUUGUGUUGUGUGGGAGCUGACCUCCCAUCAAAGUAGUAUAAUCAUACAUCUGUGGGGCUCUCAAAUACAUUACCACAACCAUUAUUUUAAUGACAAAUAAUGCUCAGGCUAUAGAGUAAAAACGUGACUAAACUGAGAACCAAGUACGUUCAGGUUCAGGUACGUUAUGGUUAAAGUUUCAAUAGCGGAAAAGGGCUUUUAUUCGAAGUGGUGGGUGCCACACAAUUAUAGUUAGAUGCCGUCAGGUGUAAAUGAAAAAAGUUCCACCUCUUUCAAGUCUUUUCAUUUAUUUGCGCUGCCAGACCAUCUCUCGCCUCUGCCAUCCCAUUAUGCUCCAGUGUUGGCACUGCCCGACAGACUGAACUCAUUAACUGUCUGUGAUGAGGGCAAUAGACAUGCUGACAGCUGUAUAGGAGACAAUCGGGUCUCCUGCGGCUCCACUUGUUGCCAUCAUUGUGUUUUCACACGCUUACACAAAGAAACCCUGCAGUUGGGUCUUAACUUCCAUGCUCCAAAUUAAAUGCAUUGUUCAAAAUGUUAUUACCAAAGGUUGUUUCAUUAUGUGUUUAAACUUUAAUUGCCUAAUUGUAAUUGCAACCCUCAGUCUCCCUUUGGCAGGGGCUGUGUCAACACCGUAAUUUAGUGUAAACACAGCAGACUGAAUAAUGACCUGCAAACAUUUUUGCACAGUGUGCAUGAACACAACAGCAGCUAUUGGUUUAAACAUAAACCGAAAAAUAAUACGUAAAUUGAUCAGAAAUAGACUAAAGCUUGAAAAACAGUCAAACACACACACAGGUGUAAAAGGGGAUCAAAUGCUUGGAAGAUAAAAUCCUUCAUUGUUUUUGGACUUAGUGUCCUACCUCUCUUGUGUUUUCCUCUUUAAAUCCCUCGAUCCUCUCUGAGUUGCGUCACUGCCUCGCUCGACCCGCAGUCCCGCAAUCCCUCUGUUCCCUCCCACUGAACCGCACCAGCUGUUUAUCUCCGUCCUCGUUUCAGCUCCUCGUCUGUCUCCUCUCCGCUCUCUUUCCCUGUGAAUGCAUGCCUCAGAAAGCUAGAAAUGGUGUCUUCCUCUAAGGAUGAAAUGGAGGAUAAUUAUGAGAAAUGUCUGUUUCAUUUUGACCAAGUGCAGAGUCACAAACAGUCCUGAUAGAAAACAACAGCUGCUACAUUAUGUUGUCAAAAAUUACAGCUUCCAAUGAGGGAUCUCAUUUCAAAACAGCUGAAAUGUUGUCAUCAGUAAGUAUUUUACACACAUUUGACUGUAUCCACCACAAACAUCAGUUUUCUCUGGUAAUGACAAAACAUUUUAAGAAGUUUAAUAUUAAACCAUAAUGUGCUUUAGUUCAACAGCAUCCUGAGUUUAUAAUCCCUGGAUUUGAGUUUUACAGUUGACUUCUGAACAGCAUUAUACUUUGAGUGGAAGCAGGUCAAAUGGAGGUGCAGAAAGACAGUUUGACGCCAUCUGGUUUGCUUUGGAUCCCCACAGCUAUGCCACAAUGCAGUGCAUGGAUUCGUCAUCAUACACCCGACAAUAGUGUUGGGAUUUGAGUUAUUUUGGGGUUGUUAGCGUAAAAGUCUGAUUUACUGGAACGGCUUGGAUGGACAUGAGUCAUCAGUGCUUCUUUAAUCAAAGUUAAAACGGUAUAAGCCUGUGGAAAUCUAAGGAAAGACUUGAACAAGUAUCCAGGUGCUAUUGUUUGCAAUCUCAGAACCCAUCAGCUAUUGUCUGACGCCGAUUUAGCCUGUUGGCAACGGCCAAUGUCUUGGCGGUUGCAGUGUCGCCAGCAGAUAUCUGAAUAAUGAUAUCCAAGCUUAAACUUCCUCUUCUAGAUGCAUUUCAGCUAAUCUCUAAUUACAGAUAUCGGGAAAGGAAUGCCGAUAUGUUUUAAAAAAAAACGAUAGCCAGGGAUUCCAAGACUGCGUUUCGACUGAUGCAUUCUGCCUCUUUAGCUCUCCAGACCAUAUUCUGUCACCAGACGGUCCUCCAUUGGUAUUGGAUGCUGUAUUGGGAUCCGAUCUGGCUGUACUGUUCACUGGGAGCUCCCAGUCCGACAAUGUCAGCUAAUGUGUUUGCUAUUUUAUGGAUGCUACAUUGGAAAAAGAGGAGAACAGAAAACCUCCUGUUAUUCCAACUAUUUCCCUUAAAUUUGUUAAUCUUUUGUUCUGAUGAUUCAAGUUUCAGACCCAUCCAAGCUGCUGAAGCACUCCAUCUUUGAGUCAUGUGACAUUUUAUACGUGAAAAAUGAAUGUAACUUUUCCUUCCGGGUCCACACGAGCGAGCUAACUUACCCGCUAGCUCACUCGCUAACCUGCUAUUUAGAUCCGUAGCGUUUACUAGCAAGUUACUAAACUUAGAACUGUUGGCAAACAAAAAAGGUAGUGAGUUACACAGCUAACUUAUUCCCAUUGACAAGAUUAAUAAAUUCAGCUGGAAUUUGCAAAGCUUGUGGACUCAAACGUUAGCUACAAACAUUCGUAAAGUGUGCCUACGCUAGCACUGUGGGACAAGCUUGAAAGUAAAUAAGAUGGCGUCAAACUUUUAUGAAAUUCACCUUUUUAAUUGCUCCUUGUGUGUAAGUCAGCCUGUUUUCUAUUAUUUGAAGAAAAGAGUUGAACAGGUAUUUAGUUUCUCAUUGAUGACGUUCUGAUGUAUUCUGGCGAGGUUUGCGAUGGGAGGACACAGAUGCUGCUCAACCUUUAUCAAACAUGAAUGUAAACUUCUUUGUAACAUGGCUGUAAUGUUGUAUAUUGUAUAAUUUUGUGUAAAUAUUGGCUCUGUGAAAGACUGUAACCUAGCACAAACUGUUGGCCUUUACCUGCGUCCAACAACAGAUGUACUAUUCUCAAGCACAAA